UGUUAAAGAGAACAAAACCCGCGCUUCUGCUCUCUAGGUGAUAUCGCCGAAUGAUAUUGUACCUGCUAUCUUAUGUCAGUUAAUAAAUGUUUUUGUCCAGUUAAGACCAGAGAUUGAAAUGGAACUGGAUGCUCGAAGUUACGGUUAUAACGGAAAGACGGUUGAUUGCAAUUCAGCUUAAUUUGGCCUUAUUCGGAUUGUUGUUGUUCAUCAAUAUUCUCAGGGACUCAAUUGACGACCUCUCCACGACGACCCCCGAGGUCGGGAGGAGGAGGAGGAGGCAGGCGUCGUCGGAGGAGACGUUCUCUCCUGCAGGAGAAGGCGGCCUGACGUUCCUGACGCAGGACUUGCUGCACAAACUUCCUCAAAUCCUGGACGCGUCGGCAGCGCCGGGGUGUGCCGAGCGCCUGACUUGCGACGUCAACUCGGCGCUCGUCAGGGGCGGGCAGCGGCACGGCCGCCUCGUGGCCGCUCUCACCACGAAUGUGCUGAGUGACGCGCUCAGCGCAGGCGCUGGCGUCGAGGCCGCGGCGCUGCAGCGCGCCGGCAGAGAGGGUCGCCUCGGCGCCGACUGCAGCCUCGUGUAUCCCUCGUGCCAGCACGAGGAAAUUCACUCUCUUUUUUCUCAUUCAUGAUCUUCGAAUUUAAUAAAAUCGAAAAAAUGUACAUAGAGCAGAUUUUAGGUGAAUUUGGCCUGUUGUUAUGAAAAACGGCGAGUAAUCUCGGUUCGAUGGGAAUGUUUUGAUACUGGAGAACAUUACAUAGGUGUUCGCAAUGUCGGUGCAUGCUAAAAACAGGUUACAUUAAA